GAAGAUAAUCCAAGGAAAGCGGGGUGCAGGGUCUCUUUCUCGCGCUGUCUGGCAUUGCCGAAGCCGAAGCGCGAUAGAGCGAGAAACAAAAUUAUAAUCUAAAUCUCGUCAUCUGGCGCAGUUCAACGUUGACGCGUUUUCUUUUAUAAAUUAUUCACCAGCUCCGAUUUGUUAUUGAAGUUUGGUAGAUUUGGAAAUGGCAAUCGCUCUCUGAUCAUUUUCUCUCUUUGACUUUUCUCUUCUUCCCAUUCUAGGGUUUCGGUUUUUCCACCCUACACUUCUCGAUUCCCUCUGCUUGGCCUUCUUUCUUUCAAUUCCGGUGGUCCUCGACGGAGUUUUGCUCUCGAAGAUAUAGUGAUUGAUAGGAGUGGAGAUACGCUGGAUGGUUAGGGUUCGGGCAUCGAAUUUGACUACGCAAAUGGAGGCGUCCGGCAGCAAUUCCGAGGCGUACAGGAGUUCUUCACCUGUGAAUAGUGGUCAUUCUAGAAGAUACGGGAUCUUGUCUGCUUCCAACAUCAUCCAGGCUCCGAUUUCGACGUUGUUAGAGUAUUCCGGUCUUCUACGGACGGCCAGGUCGUCUCAUCAAGAAUCGGAGUCGUUAAUAAAUCAAAUCCAUAACAAUCGUGCGGAUGACUCUGGUACCUCCUCACCAGUGGCUGCCAACAAUGGCGAGGUUGCAAUUAGGAUCAUCGGCGCUGAUGAGAAUGAGAACGAUAGGGAGGGGUCCGGGCUGGUUGUUGAGCAAGUUAGGGAAGGAGUCAACGGUCAAGCAGAGGUGUCUCUUCAGCCAAUCGCGUCAAAUAUACAACUGGAAGGGGUGGGAGAUGACAGGGGUGAUCGUGAGGCGGGCGAUGGAGUUUCACAGCCUGGGAGUGCUAGUGGUGAUGGGGAAGCUGGUGAAGGGGUUGGGGCGAACGGCAGGGAUUCUUCAUACCAGAGAUAUGAUAUUCAGCAAGCUGCAAGAUGCAUUGAGCAAAUACUACCGUUCUCUUUACUUCUCUUGGUUGUGUUCAUUCGCCAGCAUUUGCAAGGGUUCUUUGUUACAAUUUGGAUUGCUGCGGUCCUAUUCAAAUCAAAUGACAUUUUACGGAAACAAACUGCUUUGAAGGGAGAAAGAAAGAGUUCUGUUCUUAUUGGAAUUGCUCUUGCAUUCAAUGUACAUGUUGUUUGCGUUUACUGGUGGUAUCGGGAUGACGAUCUUUUGUACCCAUUGGUCAUGCUUCCUCCCAGAUCUAUCCCACCUUUUUGGCAUGCUAUUUUCGUUAUUAUGGUGAAUGAUACCUUGGUGCGCCAGGCGGCAAUGAUUCUCAAGUGCAUUUUAUUGAUUUAUUACAAAAACAGUAGGGGCAGAAACUACCGUAAGCAGGGCCAAAUGUUAACUUUGGUUGAGUAUCUGAUGUUGCUGUACCGAGCCUUAUUGCCGACACCAGUCUGGUAUCGUUUCUUCUUGAAUAAAGACUAUGGAAGCCUUUUCUCAUCUCUAAUGACUGGGUUAUAUUUGACUUUCAAGCUGACUUCUGUGGUAGAGAAGGUGCAAUCUUUCUUUACUGCUUUGAAAGCACUUUCCCGUAAGGAGGUGCAUUACGGAGCUUAUGCAACAACAGAGCAGGUCAAUGCAGCUGGAGAUUUGUGUGCUAUAUGUCAAGAGAAGAUGCAUGCUCCUGUUCUGCUUCGUUGUAAACACAUCUUUUGUGAAGAUUGUGUAUCAGAAUGGUUUGAACGGGAGAGGACAUGCCCCUUGUGCAGGGCCUUGGUCAAACCAGCGGAUCUCAGGUCAUUUAGCGAUGGUUCAACCAGUUUGUUUUUCCAGGUAUUCUAAAGAGUCUAUUGUAAAGAAAACGCGGACUUUAACUGCUCUGAACCACUUAAAUCACUUGUUCAGAGGGCCGCUUGUUGAUCACUCCAUCUGCACAGGUAUAUUUGACUCUAUUUUUUUCCACCUUGUUUAUUAACUACAAAAUCAAAGACAGUCGAAUCGGAAUUGAGUACUGGGAAAAGGUUGAAUGUAUCUAUUGAAGCCCUUAAGAUGUAAUGGAGUUUCUUCAACAUGACACAGCCAUAUUAAUUUGAUCGUAGUGUUUUUUUCCCAAUAUAAUUGUAAAAUUCUAUUUUGACACGUGUUUACUGUGAAAGAAUUUAAUUUUGAGCUUGA